AAGGAGCUGACCUACCAGACGGAGGAGGACAGAAAGAACCUGCUGCGGCUGCAGGACCUGGUGGACAAGUUGCAGCUGAAGGUCAAGGCCUACAAGCGCCAGGCCGAGGAGGCGGAGGAGCAGGCCAACACCAACCUGUCCAAGUUCCGCAAGGUGCAGCACGAGCUGGAUGAGGCGGAGGAGCGCGCGGACAUCGCCGAGUCCCAGGUCAACAAGCUGCGGGCCAAGAGCCGCGACAUCGGCACCAAGGGCUUGAAUGAAGAGUAGUUUUGCCACAUCGUCUUGAUCGGCCCCAUCCUGAGGGUGCUGAUGAAGCCCCAGUUCCAGGGCCUCUAUAGCAGCCCCUUUGGAGGAAGCAGAAUAAAGUUAUUUUCCUUGAAGCCAA